UUCCAUGAUUUUUGGUUGUUUUUCAGCAAGAAACACGGGUUGACGAAAAUAUUAUUCUUUCUGUUGCUCGUUGGAUAUCGAGCGAAAAUAGAAUGACUUGUGUCGACUUGUGUCAAUGGCUUAGUUUACAUCGAUUGUUUAGUACGCGUACCAAGUACGAAAUCUGCUUCUCCGAUAGAUAUAAAUCGUUUAGUGUAAAAUCUACACCAAUCAAAGAAGUAGAUUUAGUACUUGUACGUACUUGGUACGCGUACUAAACAAUUGGUGUAAACUAAGCUAUUAGCUGGAAAACAAUUUUCAAUUCGAAAUCUCAACGGUAACAGAUCGUACGUCGAGGCGUGCACCAUGACUGUUGAUUCAAGGAAAAAUAAGUUGGCCUUCUAAUGAGGAAAUAAGUACUGCGACAUGACUCCGUAUGAUUAACCUUUUCAACAUGGGAGAAUGAAUCGAAUUGAGGACAUACAUCCUGUCACACAAUUCGGAGUUCCUCGUCGAGGCAUGAGUCAACCCAACGACGCGCAUCCAGCGAGUCUUCCUCGAGGAUUCUCGGAUCUAAAUUAUGGAUAUUCCGAGCGAGGACGCCGUCUGCGGAGUGAAGCGCAAACGAAAACACGCCGCGGAAACGCGCCGCGGAAAAGCGCCGAGGGUCGGCUGGAGGGAGACGCGUCCUUGAUUGACGCGAUGGGUGUUAAUACGUAUAAAGGAAACCGUCGUCGACGCCGCGAGUUCAGACCCCGAGCUGACAGCUGACCGUCAUCAUGCCCAUCAACGAGGACACACCAUCCAGCGACGCGUUCGACCGGACGGAAGCCGAGAGGAUGAGCGCGGAAUUGCAGCGGACGAUGCCGGGGAAGUAUUCGCAGGCGGGCGUAUCCGUAAUCCCGGAACACGCAAACGGCACGCGGGAGCGGAACGGGAUCGAGGAACAGCACUUCCGCAGCAUGCCGCGUCGGGAGGUCCAUGAGAAACUCUUCAGGAACUUCUUCGAGCUCGUGUUGCAGCGUGCGGUGUUCAAAUCCACUUCCGGCGAGGAUCGAGUGGUCGAAUGGGUGGGCCCUCACGAUCUGCGCUCCGUGGUCGAUCUCUCGCUGCCGGCCGACGGCGUCGGUCACGACGAGCUGCUGACGCUCACGCGCGACAUCAUCCGCUACAGCGUGAAGACGGGCCACCCGCACUUUGUGAACCAGCUGUACUCCAGCCUGGACCCGUACGGGCUGCUGGGCCAGUGGCUGACAGACGCGCUCAAUCCGUCCGUCUACACGUAUGAGGUGUCUCCGGUGUUCUCACUGAUGGAGGAGGACGUGCUGCGGGAGAUGCGCGCCAUCAUCGGCUGGCAGGGCGGCGAGGGCCUCUUCUGCCCGGGUGGAUCCAUGGCGAACGGAUACGCCAUCAACCUGGCGCGCCACAGCAGAUAUCCGCAGCUGAAGCAAUCCGGGUUAUCGCAGGUGCCGCGGCUGGUGGUGUUCACGUCGGAGGACGCGCACUACUCCGUGAAGAAGCUCGCCGCGUUUCUGGGCAUCGGCUACGACAAUGUGUACCAGGUGAAGGUCGACGCCCGGGGCAAAAUGGUGGUGUCCGAUCUGGAGGUUCAGAUCGCCCGAGCCGUCAAGGAAGGCGCCGCGCCGCUCAUGGUAUCCGCCACCGCGGGCACCACCGUGAUGGGCGCGUUUGAUCCUCUCCGCGACAUCGCCCAGAUCUGCAAAAAGCACGGCUUGUGGUUCCACGUGGACGCAGCGUGGGGCGGUGGCGCCCUGAUCUCCAGGAAGCACCGCGGACUGCUGGACGGCGUCGAGCUUGCCGAUUCCGUCACUUGGAAUCCUCACAAGCUCCUCGCCGCGCCGCAGCAGUGCUCCACCUUGCUACUUCGUCAUGAAGGUUUGCUACAAGCAGCACAUGGCUGCGGCGCGAGUUAUCUCUUUCAGAACGACAAGUUCUACGAUCCGUCGUUCGACUGCGGUGACAAGCACGUGCAAUGCGGCCGUCGCGCCGACGUCGUCAAGUUCUGGUACAUGUGGAAGGCGAAGGGUACGCGCGGUCUUGAAGCCCACGUCGAUCGCGUGUUCGCGCUGUCGCGCCACUUCGUCGACCUCAUCAGGACGCGCGACGGCUGGCGCCUGCUCGCCGAGCCCGAGUGCACCAACGUCUGCUUCCGUUACGUGCCGCCGUCGAAGAGGCAUCUGACCGGCCGGGAGCUCGAUCAGGCGCUGCACAAGAUCGCGCCGAUGAUCAAAGAGCGUAUGGUGCGAGCCGGAACGAUGUUGAUAACGUAUCAGACACUGCGGGACAUGCCGAAUUUCUUCAGAUUGGUCCUGCAAAAUUCAGGAUUAACCGAGGCCGACAUGAAGUUCUUCGUUGAGGAGAUAGAAAGGCUCGCUGCGGAUUUAUAGGCGGCUUAAGUGUUGUAAAUAAUAGGUUAGUAAUAAAAUAUGUGUAUUAUUAUAUAUUAUUAUAAAAAAAUAAAUAGAUGAAAUUUGGUAAAACAUCAUCGUGAUCCUCGAA